AUAACAUCGUAUAAAUUCCUUCACACAUGGAUGUUUGAUAAAAUAUACAUGCCUUCAUUUAUUUGAGAGCGCUGUUACUGAUCUCCAACUCAUAGAGUAUGGACAACAACAACCAGCCCUCACAUGGAGAAGCUCCAGCCCGCUCCUUUUUCUUCAGAGCUGUUGGGCUCUUCACCGGAGACAUGAAAGUCUGCAGAGAAUGGGUAAAAAGGCAGGUUUUCCUUAUCCAACUGCUGGACUGGAUUUUCCGAGGGGUGGCUCAGGUCAUGUUUGUGAACAACCCUCUCAGCGGACUCCUCAUCACAAUUGGCCUCUUCCUCCAGAACCCCUGGUGGGCUCUGAAUGGUCUUCUGGGGACCCUUAUCUCCACUGGAUCAGCCUUAUUACUGGGACAAAACAGGUCUGACUGCAUCUCCUUAUUCUUAUGUGACUACAGAAAAAUAAAUGAAAACGUUUUCCUCCAAGCUCUGAGCAAUUAUCGAUGUCUUCCACUUGUUUUCCCCGGGGCUUCACUUUCUUUUGGCUUCACACUGCGCAAUUUUCCCUCUGCUUCUUGUUUAAUUGUGUUUUGCACUCAUGUUGGCUACAUCUGUCACACUCGCAUCAGGGAAGCCAUAUCAGCGGGUUUGUAUGGCUACAACGGAACAUUGGUCGGCAUGCUGAUGGCUGUUUUCUCUGCCAAAGGGAGCUGGUACUGGUGGCUGUUACUGCCAAAUAUGUUUAUGUCCAUGUUGUGCCCUGUGGUCUCCAGUGCUUUGUCCUCAGUUGCCAGCAAAUGGGACCUUCCGAUAUUCACCCUUCCCUUUAAUAUUUUGGUGUGCCAACACAUUGCAGCAACAGGAGCCAAUCACCCCUUCUUCCCAGAGGUGGAUUUCCAGUCAAAUCACCUUCAGCAGCUUCCUAAUGACUCCAUCCAAAGCCUCAAUAUCUCUCAGCUCCUGCUGUCAGUGCCAGUUGGUGUUGGCCAGGUGUAUGGCUGUGGCAGUCCUUGGACAGGAGGCCUCAUCCUUCUGGCCCUGCUGCUUUCCUCUCCGACGAUCUGUUUCCAUGCCAUGUUGGGCUCAGUAGCUGGCACGCUGUCUGCUCUUGCUUUGGCAGCUCCUAAUGAGGAAAUUUACUCAGGGCUGUGGGGGUAUAACAGCGCUCUGUCCUGCAUUGCCAUUGGAGGUGUCUUCUAUGCCUUAACAUGGCAAACUCAUCUAUUAGCAGUCAUAUGUGGGAUCUUCUGUGCACACAUGAUGGCUGCGCUCUCCAAACUGAUGUCCAUGCUUGCAUUACCGGCCUGCACGUGGCCUUUCUGCCUGUCGACUCUCAUCUUCCUCCUCAUUUCCUCUGAGAUCCCGGCCAUCUGCAGACUGCCUCUGUCUGUGGUCUCCUACCCCGAGGAAAAUCGACACUACCAGAAACAAUUAAAGGCAUUGGAGAAAGCGCAGGGCUGUCAGCAGAGAGGCGGCCAAGAGGAGGCUGAGCUGAAGGAGAAUGGAGGCCUGAGUGUCCACUUGGUGGUAGAAAAGGACAGCAGUGAGUGAAUGCAUGUGAAGACACAAAGAUGCUACUUUUCCUGCCUUUGUGGGUGUUCAAUUCUGGGAUAUAAAGGAAUAGUAUGGGUAUACAAUUCUGGUAUUUCCUCUCUUAUAUAAUAUUUGUUAUAUAAAAUGGCUGGCAUUGAAGAAAAUAAACAGCAAAUGUUUUCUUAUGCAACCAAGCUUGUCUUACCACCAGAGGGCAGCAGUAUUCAAGGAAAGACAAAGCUGCUGUAAACCUAUUAAAGAAAUACUGAGUGAUUUUGAAUGAAAGGACACAUUUAUGUAAACCAGCUCUGUUAGCAAUAACAUACAUUAUUUUGAAUGUGAUGUAACAAAUGUUCUUUGGUUUUUCUGGUUGCUGUGAAAUGAUUUCAAAUGCAGAAGAGCAUUUCAUCAGUACAAGCACUGAGCUCCAAGGGAGAUUUUAUAAAGAAACCCUCCAUUCUCUGCCAGGCAUAAUCCAUCACCGCCUUCUGUGCUCAAAUCUGCUCCAUUGUUUCCUCCUCUAAUUUCUCUUUAUCUCCUGUUAGGUUUCUGCCUGUGCCUCCUCCUCUGUCUGACAUGAUUUUGUAACCCCCUUUAUGCUUAUCUUCUUCUGCUCUCUAUCUGUAUAACUCUCCCUUAAAGGGCAACCUUUAUCAUUUGUUCCUCAUGCAGGAAGAUUCUGAUCUUUGAAAAGAACUACUUAGACAUCAGCUGAAGGAAAAACAAAAACAGCUCUGUCUGGGUCUGCGUCUGCAUUUAUAUUGACAUUUAUAAAAUAGUGUGUCAUUAUUGCCAUCUGUCUGUCUGGGUAUGUGGAGUACAGAGACACAUGGCUGAAGUCUAGCCAGUGCUACACAUAACAGUCACACUCUCAGACAUGUGUGGGUGCUGUAGGACAUUAGGGGAGAAGGUGUGAGACGAGGGUAGGGGAAGAAGUUGAAAAUGAGAGCUCAUUUUCUUGCCUGGUGCUAAAUUAUGGCUUGUUUUGACAGAUUUUUGAAGUGUAAUGUGCCUAUUUUCUUUCUUUCUUACAAUCUAAAAAGUCCAGAACAUUUUACGUAAUAUUCUAAAGGCUUAACAGAGGAGAACUUUCCUCUAUCCUCCAUUUUUAGUUUCUCUUAUCAAAGCUAGGCUGUAGGUCAAAGUCACCUUGCUCAGUGGGUUUUUCUGUGGCCUUUUACACAAUGUUGAUUCGUUCCCCGACAUUUGAAGGGCAGCAUGAAUGCCCAGCAGUGGGAUGGUGUGAAACGAGGUUGGUGCCACUUCCCCUGUGUUAGUACUGUCUGCUUACAGCAGUGUGAUUCAGAAGUCCACUGCAGGAGGUACCUACUGUUCCCACAAAACAGAACAAAGGCAGAGAGAGAGGCAGAGCUGAACCUGGGAGGGAUGAAGCCUCGACACAGUCACACAAACCUGCAUGAAUGCAAAGAGAAAGAGCACUGUGUCCCUGUACAGACUGUCUGUCCUCUCUGGUGUCUGUCUGAUAAGAAUAGCAACUCUCAUGUAACAAUUUAGGCCAGAGAAUUUCAUAAGUGCAGACAAUCAUGGUUCUGAUGAAGAGAAAAAAGGCACUAACAGGAUCAGCACUGGAAAAGGGAACAGUACAGUCUGAUCCACCGACUCUUAUUCAUAACUCUAACAGAGAGAAGAUCAGAUUGGGCAAAUAUUCUCCAAAACACACUAUUUGCGUAUGAUUUAUGUUACAUAUUGCUAUGAAUGGAGGAUCCCUUUGCAUAAGCAUGAAAAAUCUGGCAAAUGGUAUCAAUGGAUUAAUAGAAAGGAGCCGGCAUACUACGCAGAUAUUUACGCAAAGGGGAAGCGUUUACAGAUUUGUCAGAGAUUCCUACAUUACAUAACUAAACUGAAUGCAAGGAUUUACUGUAUAUAGGCUGCAAUUGGAAGGAGCUUUGAAACCACCCCCAACUUUCAUCACAGAGGCACACAAGAGGCAUUUCUAAUUAAAAAAUAUACAAAUGGAUACCUCAGUGAAUUCAAUUUGAUUCAGUAUGAUGCUCACAAAAGCUAGGGAUGCACAGAUGCUUCGGUUUAACAUCAGUAUGGGCAAAGAUCAGAACUGUUGAUAAAUCAUGUGUAAAUAAUAUGGCAUAAACUAAUGUCAGUAGUAGGGAUGAGCUGGUGGCCCACAACCCAGUUCAAAAGGAAGUAACAAGAAAAAAAGAUUCACACAAACGAGGGUUUCAAGCCUUAUUAAUAUUAUUAUUAUUAAAGAAAAUAUCAACAUGGAUCCAUACUAUGAACCAGAGAGUCCAUACUACAUGCAGCCAUCGCUGUCAACUCGUCCACAGACCAACACAUGCUACUCUGAGACAUCUGACUCCAUGGAAAGAUUCAUGAGUCUGAAGUAAAUGUCUCCUUAUCAACAUGCUGCUCUUUCCUCAAACAUCUGUCCUACUCACAUUGAUCGCUGUGAUGAUGGCUUUUACUCCCGCUAAACAAAUGCCAUCAGCUUGCUUCUUCUUCCACAAGACUUAAAGGGACAUAUCUGCAGUCACAAGUUUCAUUAUUGGCAGGCUAAUGUUCUUCGUCCUGAUAUAAUCACAAAGUCAUGUUCUGAAAGGUGCUAACAAAGUUAAUGUCUGCCUUUUGAGUCAUAUGUCCUUGAAAAAAAUAAAAUAAAACUGAAGUACCACAUUGACAUUAAGUAUCCAGACCCUUUGCAAAAAUGGCUGAAAUUUAGCUCAAGUUCCUCCCAUUUCUCUGGGUGGUUGCUGAGAUGUUUCUGCACCUUGACUGGAGUCCACAUGUGGUAAAUGAAAUUGAUUGAACAUGAUUUGGAGCUUGCAAAAGCCAAGAGGGCUUUCAUGUGUUUUAUACUGUGGAGAGGCUUCUGUCUAACCACUCUGCCAUAAAGCCCAGAUCAGUGGAGGGCCUUUGGAUACAGUGGAUACCUUUUGAGCCAAAUGGCUCAGUUUGACCAGGAGACCAGCUCUUGGAAGAGGCCUGGUUGUGCCAAACUUUUUUCCAUGUAUGAAUUAUGGAGGCCACUGAGCUCUGCAGGCAGUUCCUUUGACCUCAUGUCUUGGUUUUUGCUCUGAUAUGCAUUAUCAGCUGUGAGGCCUUCUAUAGAGAGGUGUGUUUACCUUUCCCAAUCAUAGCCAAUCAAUUUAAUUUACCACAGGUGGAUUUGAAUCAAGGUUGGAGUUCAUUACGUUCUGACUUCUUCUAAUUUCCUAAAUGCUAUAUUCAUUUAGACAAACUGUGAUUCAUCAGUAAGUGAUAUAUUGCAAGAAAAUAAAUAAUAUGCAUUCAAA